AUGGAUAUUCAGUUUGCUCUCUGUGAAAGAUCGACAAUUGAUUAUCCAGUUUCACAAAUUAGCCUAUCUGUAGAUUCUCCUAUUGAUGAACUGUUUGAGAGUUCCCUUCCUGCCGAUCUUAGUUUCCCUGAUUAUGAUGAUCUUUCCUAUUCCUCUUCUGAUCUGAGCUCUGAUAAUGGAACUCGUUUAACAUUGGAUAUGUUUUCUCGUAAUCAAGUUCUUCCUUCACCGGAUGAUUAUUAUUAUGAUAUCGAUGGAUUUACAGGUUUUCCUAUUUCUUCUUGUCCUUUGAAUGUUAUGUAUAACACAACUUUAACUUUUCUUUCCAACUCUGAUGAUGAAUUGGUUGAUUUGGAUGAUGAAUCUCUUUUUCUUUCUUUUGAUGAAGAAACGUUUACUUAUCAUGAGACUGAAUGGAUAGAAUUAUUCUUCUGUACAGUUUAUUUUUCCUUUAUUCCAGUUUAUAUAUGUACCAUUGUCUAUCCCUUUCUUUCUGCCUCUGCCUCCUUCCUUGACUUAAGGGUUGUUCAUGGACGUCAGAUGUUUUGGAAGAUUUUUGCACAUUUUUCAGGUCUUGAAGUAUUUUUGGUUAUUCCACUUUUAUUGACAGCGAACUUUAAAUUCUACAAUAGAGUUUUUUGUCUUCAACCUUUCAUUUAUGAUCAAAUUACUCGCUUUGCGUGUUUAUUUGAAAUUUUUGCUGUUCGUUUACAGAUUAUUGGAAUUUCUGCAUUAUUUUCUUUUAUGUAUUUAUAA